CGGGUGAAAAAAGAAAAGAAAAACUAGUUGAUGAAGCAAGGAAGCUCAACUGAAAUUAUUACACAACAUGAGUCUAUAAAAGCCCAAAGGUGCUAGGCUGUUGCUUCAUUGCGUAAUUGAAGAGAAAUAAUUGUUUAUAUUUCGCAUACAAGUACUGAAAUGAGGCUAAUUAAGCAGCUGUUGGUUGCUUUAGUAAUAGUUUCAUUAUUAGAGGGAUGGUGGAGCUGUGAUGGUUGUUUGGAGAAUGAGAGAAAUGCUCUUUUGCAACUCAGGGCUUCUUUCAAUCAUCCUCAACGCAUAUCACUCUUCUCUUGGGGAUUACAUACUGAUGACUGUUGUAAAUGGAAAAAUAUUCACUGCAGCUCCACCACUGGACGAGUUUCCAAACUCAGUAUUCGGGGCGAUUAUUCGGCCGUUGAAUGGUGCUUCAAUGCCUCUUUGUUUCUUUCUUUUCAAGAAAUGACGAGUCUUAGCUUACGAAACAAUCAUAUUAUUGAUUGUGUUGAGAAUGAAGGUUUUGAAAGAUUAGAAAUGCUCAGCAAGUUGGAGUUUCUUGAUUUAGAAGGUAACUUGUUCAACAACAAGAGCAUUGUAUCAUCUAUUGGCCAUCUUUCAUCUUUAAAAUCAUUGAAUUUGGGCGACACUGGAUUGGAAAGUGUAACUGAUAUUCAAGGUUAGCUCAACUUAAAAUGUUUCCUUGUUCUAAUUUUUGAGGAUUUUCCAUUUAUUUAUGUACUUAUUUUUCAAUUUUCAAGCACAAACUUGACUAACACUUUUUUAUGACUUUUGAAGGACUAUCAAGUCUUCAAAAUUUGGAGUUUCUUGAUUUGUCAUACAACAAUUUCAGUGAUAGCAUCAUACCAUUUUUACGCAUCUUUCCAUCUUUAAAAUCAUUAAAUUUAGCCCGCAAUAGAUUGGAAAGUGGUAUUCAAGGUUAUGAUAGCAUCAUACCAUUUUUACGCAUCUUUCCAUCUUUAAAAUCAUUAAAUUUAGCCGACAAUAGAUUGGAAAGUGGUAUUCAAGGAUACUCUUUUAUGACUUGUGAAGGACUAUCAGGACUUGAAAAUUUGGAGUUUCUUGAUUUGUCAUUCAACAACUUCAACAAGAGCAUCAUACCACUUCUAAGUGUAUUUUCAUCUUUAAAAUAUUUAAAAUUGAUCUACAACAGACUGGAAAAUAUAACUGAUUUUCAAGAAUUGGAUGCUUUGGGCAACUUAAAGGUACUGAGCCUACGAAGAAAUCAAAUUACCAAAGUUGUGGACUCAAGAGAUAUCAAAAUCAUUAGGAAUUUGAGCUCUCUUUUCCUUGAUGACAAUAAUGGGGAUGGAAGAAGCAGCAUUCAGCUGGAAUUAUUAGGGGCAUACCCAUUUCUCAAGACCCUUUCUCUAAUCGAUAACAGCUUCAAAGGAGGAAUAUUUGCUCAAGAGAUGGGUAAUUUUUCAAGCGUGGAAGAGUUGUCCCUGGAUGAUUCCUCAUUGGAUGAAGAGUCUUUUAAGAGCCUUAGAGCAUUGCCCUCUCUUAAAUUUUUAUCUAUGCAACGCCUCAAUGCUGACCUACCUAGUCAAGGUUUAUGCGAGUUAAAACAUCUUCAAAAGCUAGAUAUGAGCUACAAUGAUCUCAGUGGCACUUUACCUUUAUGUCUAGUAAAUUUAACAUCCCUUCAACUGUUAGAUCUAUCUUCCAAUCACUUCAUCGGAAAUAUCUCCUUAUCUCCCCUGGGGACCCUCACAUCCAUGCACACAUUACAUCUUUCAAGGAACCUGUUCCAAAUCCCAAUCUCUCUUCUGCCAUUCUUCAACCUUUCAAAGCUCAAGCGCUUGGAUUGUUAUGAGAAUGAAAUAUAUGCAGAUAUAGAUGUGCCUACUUUGACACCAAAAUUUCAACUACGGACCCUAGCUUUGUCAGGUCAAGGAGAUGGCGGAGUGUUUCCCAAGUUCUUCUACUAUCAGCAUAAAUUAGAAUAUGUUGAUAUGUCAAAUAUUAAAAUGAAGGGAGAGUUUCCACAUUGGUUGAUCAGGAACAACACAAAAUUAUACACACUUCACUUGCCCAACUGUUCUCUUUCGGGGCCUCUCCAAUUGCCAAUUCAUUCCCAUUUGUAUUUUUCAGACUUAGACAUCUCUGACAACUACUUCAAUGGUUCUAUUCCAACAGAAAUUGGAGUAUGUUUUCUAGGUUUAAAUUCUCUAGACUUGUCUGGAAAUGGUCUCACUGGUGGCAUUCCUUCAUCAUUUGGCAAAAUGAGUCAACUGACAGAAUUAGACUUGUCCAACAAUCAUUUGUCAGGCAUAAUACCCCAAGAGUUGAUUGUUGGAUGCAGUUCGUUAUAUGAGCUCAUUCUUUCAAACAAUAGUUUGCAUGGCCAAAUAUUCCCAAAACAAGCUAAUUGCAAAGAAUUGAUUCGAUUAUUGUUGGAUGGCAAUCAAUUCACUGGAAGUAUCCCAUAUAGCAUAAUUAAUUGCACAAGGUUGGAAGUGUUGGACGUGAGCGAUAAUCAUCUCUUUGGUGUCAUCCCUAGUUGGAUAAGGAAUAUAACUUCUCUUUAUAUCUUGGAUCUGUCAGUGAACAAUUUCUUUGGAAACCUGCCAUCUAGCUUUGUCCCUCCAAUGAUCAAUGAAGUUUAUCUAUCAAAAAAUUGGCUACAAGGACCAUUGACGAAUGCAUUUUAUGGUUGCUCUGAAUUAACAAUAUUGGAUCUUAGUCACAACUAUUUCACUAAAAGGAUUCCAGAAUGGAUUGGCAAUUUUUCAGAAUUGACCUAUCUUCUUUUGGCUUAUAAUAAUCUUGAAGGUGAAAUACCAAUUCAGUUGUGCAACUUAAUCCAAUUGAAUUUGGUUGAUCUUUCUAAUAAUAAUCUUUCUGGUCCUGUUCCCCCUUGCAUAAGCCUUCGUAGUUAUUCUGAUUACGGUAUAGGUUCUCAACCUUUGGAGGUUACAACAAAGAAUGCAUUGCGUUAUUUCCAAGGAAGGAUUCUCAGGCUCAUGUUAGGACUCGAUCUGUCCUGCAACAAUUUGACAGGUGAAAUUCCUGUUGAAAUAGGAAAUCUUGACAAAAUCCUGCUGUUAAACCUGUCCCAUAACAAGUUGACGGGAUUGAUUCCACAAUCAUUUUCAAACCUAAAGCAAAUUGAGAGCUUGGAUCUUUCCUAUAACAACUUGAAUGGCAAAAUCCCUCAACUCACUCAACUAUAUUUUCUAGCUGUCUUCAGUGUAGCGCACAACAAUUUAUCUGGCAGGACACCUGAGAUGGUUGCACAAUUUGCGACAUUCGAGAAUAGUAGCUAUGAGGGAAACCCUUUCCUUUGUGGACCUCCACUGUCUAAAAGUUGCUUUUCUUCAUCAAUAAUGCCAAGAUUUUCGGAGGAGGAUAAAAAAUAUCAUAAAAAGGAUGGUGGCUUUGUGGACAUUGAUGCUUUCCAUGUGAGUUUUCUGAUUUCUUAUGCCAUAGUGUUGUUGACCAUAGCAGCCGUUUUGUACAUAAAUCCAUAUUGGCGAAGAGCAUGGUUCUAUAUGAUAGAGUUGAGCCUCACCAACUUGUACUAUUUUCUGGUGGACAAUAUUCCUUUUGUGUUUAGAUGCUAUUGAAGCCUGGGUCUGCUAUGUACUUUAGAAACCAUGGGUCUGCCAUGAGUCAGCUGAGUUUGUGUUGUAGUUGUGUAAGCUGGGAAGGUUGCAGAAUAAUGAGCUGAAGCUGAUUGCAGAACAUCAUUUAUUACUUGUUUCUGUCAGUCAGUUAGAUGAGCUAUAAACAUAGCUUGUUGACUUUGCAACUUCCUAUGUACUCUUGUGUGCUGUUCAUUUCUUGAAUGAGAAGUAGUCACUCUGCAAGCCUGCUCAA